UCUCUCGCUCACCCCGUUCCCCCUUCUCCUCUUCCAAAGCAAAUCCAAGGGAGGAGCGAAACCCCUAAUUCUCCUCUCCUCUUCCCUUCCCUCCUCUCUCCAUCCAUGGCGCAAGAUGAUGCUGCCCCGGACGCCACCGCCUCCUCCGCCGGCCGCCUCAACGCCGCCGCGCCGGAGUUCACCCCCCGAUCCGCCGCCGCCCAGCACCAGCCCCAGCAUCAUCACGCCAACCCCCGCCGCCAGCACCGCGGGGCGUACCACCACCACCCGCAGCAGCACUACCAGCCGCACCACCACCACCAGCAGCACCCGCACCCGCACCACCAGCAUCAGCAGCACUGGAACCACUACGGGGAGGAGGGGGGGGACACCGCGGCGGUCGGGGAAGGGGGGCUCCCGGAGGAUGUGGCGCGUCGGGUCGUCAAGCAGGUGGAAUUUUACUUCAGUGAUGUCAAUCUGGCUACAACAGAACAUUUGAUGAAAUUCAUGGUUAGAGAUCCAGAGGGGUUUGUGCCAAUGACUGUCGUUGCAUCUUUUAGGAAGAUCCGGGAGUUAGUUAGUGAGAGAUCCUCAUUAGCUGCAGUAUUACGUACGUCAGCAGAGCUGGUUAUUUCAGAUGAUGGUAAAAAGGUUAGACGCCGAGUGCCCUUUACUGAGGCGGAUGCUGAAGAAGUUCAGUCACGCAUUGUUGUUGCUGAAAAUUUGCGUGAAGAGCAUCGCUAUCCGAAUCUCAUGAAGAUUUUCUCGGCUUUUGGGAGUGUGAAAUCGAUUCGUACCUGCUAUCCACAAGGUGAUGCUGCUGGAACUUCUACCGGCAAAGCAUCAAAGAUUGAGAUGCUGUUUGCUAAUAAGGUGCAUGCUUUUGUGGAGUAUGAAACUGUUGAUGAUGCUGAGAAGGCAGUUUCUGAAUUUAGUAGUGCAAGAAGCUGGAGAGAUGGGAUUAGAGUUCGCUCACUGCUUGGUUGCCUGAAACAAGCCAUGGGUCAAGGAAGAAGAGGUGCAGAUGAGGUGGAUGCUGCAGAUGAAGAUGACCCUGAAACAACUGGUCAUCCACAAGACUAUGAAGCAGAGGAUGCUUCCCAGAUUUCAGAGGAGAAUCAGGGUGAUGAUGGUUACCAUGACAAAGGCGGGAGGCACGGGAGAGGGAGAGGACGUGGAGGAAGAGGGCGCGGCCGUGGUCAGUACUAUGGCCAUGGCCGGGAUGCCGGUCAUUCGGUCGGUACUCCUCCAUCGAAUCACAGCGCCCUUGCUGAUCAUCCUUUGAAGCCGCCUCCUGGUCCUCGUAUGCCGGAUGGCACGAGAGGAUUUACCAUGGGGCGAGGGAAGCCACUCAAUCCCACCAAUGAUGCUUAAUGGCAGCGGCCAUGCCGGUGGCAGCCUGUUGCUCUGUUCCCUCUUGCAAAUCAAUAUGAUACUUGCCUCAGGCUCCAAACCGUUUACUGCCGAUUACCGUUGAUACUAUAGUUAGAUACAACAUGUGUUGGUUCGUUUUGGUGCAAGAUUCUGCAGAGAAAAGUUCUUAACUGGUACAUGCAUGUAUACUGCUGAUACAGCAAUGGUGCUGGCAAUGUGAACAUGCCUUUUUGAUUUCUGGAUGUUAUAAUUAAUGUAUUAGAAUAUAUAUAGAUGAAAGGGAAGUGCCUGAUCAAUGAUCAUUUGCAACCGG